AUGUGGAAGAAAGCCCCUGAGAAUUCUCGAAACACUGCAACUGUCAGCUCGACCGCAGCCCUACACGCAGGCAAGAACAGCCUUCCAAAAGUCAAACCGGAUUGUCGAUCGAGAAGGACAACCAAACGCAACUUGAUCGCCUCCUUCACCCCACAAGACGUGGGGUUUGCUCGCUUUUUGGAAGAACAUUCCUCACCGACCCACCAGCGGGUCACAGCUGGAGGCCGUAUCGUCCCAAUGGGUCGCCCGGCAAGACUAUCGCGAAUAGUUGACGAGACGCCUGAAAAUUCCAUGGUUGGGCAUACACCCGCUUUGGCAACAGCUUCUGCCACCGAUAAGUUUCAGCAAGAUGAACCGAGCCGAAACAUGACAAAGCCAGGAAUGGGUACCGCUGCAUCUGCACCUCCUGUACUGGUUUCUUCUUUGAAUGUUGAUGCAAUCCCAUUCACUCCCGGUCACGAAACACCCACAAUCAAUGCAGCGCGCAUGAAACUCAUAGAUUAUCGGAACAAUGCAGCAGGAAACACAAGUACAAUAGAUGCCAUCAAUGCAGCAUUCACCGAACCAUCAGAACAGGACAGAUGGACCCUGAUAUGGCCACCUCUUCCUGAAGUCCGGACCACAGAGGACGAAGAUCAAACAUGGGUACAGUUUCGAAUGCAGCUUGCGGCACAAUUUAUCGUGUCACCUGUUCAUGUUUCAUACACCACCCUCAGCAGAAUGGUGAGAGGGAAUCCGGCACUGCAUUUUCAGCCACGCCAACCUAUUCCGGUAGUCUUCGUCGAUGCUCAGCUGAAGGAUCCGGAAAACUUUGGCCCACAAGGCCAAUAUUGGACCCUCAUCACGAAUGCGUUCCGUGUGACCAACGAGGGCCGAUUUCCUCUUCAUAACUACUACCGCGCCAAUCUGGAUGCCCUGGUCUGGCUUGUCCAGGACCCCCAAGAUGAGUAUGAGGCCUUCAUCUUGCUUCACGCCACAGAAUGGCUGAAAUAUCAUCGUCGGCUGUUCGAUCACUUGAUCGCGUCGGUGGACCAUCGCCGGGCCUGCAUGGCCGGGCCCGAUCCCAAUAUCAGAGCUGAGCGGGUGUAUUACGUCGACCAGAGGGCCUAUGUGAAGGAUGUCAUUGGGAGGCUUGAAGAGGUGCUGAAGGUUGCACACCGAUGCCGAGCCGGUCGUUUCUGGCGCGGUCUAAUUUCCUUGGCGUUAGAGGGUGAAGUUUAUGAGGACUCAGAACGCAGCGCCGUCCGUUGUGACAUAAGCGACAAUAUAAUCCAGGAAGAAGACCAAAACGACAUAAUCGCUCCGGUGGAUUCAGAGGGCAUGCAUCCGGACGACGACAACAUUGCAAAGGGGGGUGACCAAAUUGACGAAAGUGCUCAAGAGGGUCUGAAAGGUGAAGACCCAGGAGACGCCAUCUCCGUGGACUGUGAAGACGUGGAAUCUGAAGACGUGUACUCUGGCAACCAUGAAACACAGGGAGAUAAUCAGCACGUCGCAAUCACACAGGGAAGCGUUGCAAUUGUCCAAAGGGAUUCAGAGAACAUCCACCCUGACUAUGAUGGGCCUAUGGGGAUCCUCAGUAUGGCAGAGGAUUUGGCGGAUCGACUGAUUGACGAUGCAUCGGUAUAUUCUAGUGAAAUGAAUGAUGGCCGUGCGAGGAUCCACAUUGUGCCCAGGUUCAUUGGGCACGAAGUUCGUCCCUUGUUUGCUUCGAUCACGUUCGAGGAGCGCCUUCAAGAUUGGCACGACGGGACGAGUCAGACCCACGCUGUGUCUAUCCCCGUAAUCAACACCUGGUUCCCUCAGUCUCAUCCUACUGAGAACCAGUCUGUACAGACAACGGCUGAGGACGGUGUGAAUAGCGGUGCUAACGCCUCGCGGCGUGAUGAAGGGGCGCGCAGCGAGAACGAGGUCUCGUCCCAAUCAGUGGAUGUAAACAUCAGGCCCAACAAGGGCAAGCAGGUCGCCCGCGGCGACCCCACUGAGUCAUUGGAGCCUAUGCUCCGAAGCUUGAACACGCCGAACCCUGUCGAACAGCUGAGGGACUUGAGCGUGGUGUCCCACGCUAACGUCGACUCUGGGAAGCCGGCUGGCUUCCCAAAGAAAUUGACGAUUAUGGUCAUCGGCCCGGCUACCACCUGGAAUGAAAUGACCCUCAAGCACGCCUAUGCUGACGAGGAGAAUGUGUCAAAAGUUAAGGCGGUGCUGGUCCGGCUUCGGGGUUGA